AUGGUGACUGGUGGCAAUGGGAACGGAGCUGGCACAAGCGACGGCAACGCGUCCAGCUCGGCAGGAUCUAGCUUUACUCGCAUCCGUUCGACAACGCGCUCCACGAUGGCCAAAGCGACGGCGGUCCGUGUUUCGACGGGGAAAAAGUUUAGCCAGCUGCUGAUCAUCACCCCGGCCGUAGCGAUCGAUAGCAACGAGCACGACGACUAUCACGGACCGUUCAACUCGUCCUCGCUCGAUAGUGGCUGUGGUGGGAGCAGCGAGGGCAGUCUGUCGGACGAGUUGCUCGAUGAGGAUGAGCAGCGCAGACAGCAUCGCCGUAGACAGACGGCUGGCAUGGUGAGCGGCGAUCGGAGGAAUAAUAACAAUAAUAAUGGCACGACACAACGAUUGUCCCCGCUGCUGCUGGAUGGCAAUCGGGAGCGACACGAUGGUGGUGGUGGUGGUGCGUCCACGUCGCAGCAAGGAUCCUGGCGGUGGUGUGGAUUGAUUUGUUCCGCGGUAAAGUGUUUCCGAGCGGCUGCUGCUACCACCGCCGGCAGCCGACGUGGCCAGCCGGGUCCAUCGUCAAGACAACCGCUGGCGGGUACCGCUGUCCGCUAUACGACCACGGAAAGCGUUUGGAGUGGCGGUGCUGGACGGCGGCCAGGUGCUUCCCGCUUCAGCAACAACCACGUGUACGAGUAUACCAUUAAGAGCUACCGUCAGCCGCAGCGACGUUCGAAUGGUGGCCCGGGUUCGGUAACGCUACCACCCACCGGGGGAGGCACCCGAUCCGAUUCGAUAUCAUCCGGCUCGUCCGCGUUGUCCGAAGCGGCUGGCACACUGGCCGACCACGAUCAUAUCAAUAACAACAGUGCUGUGGGUAACAGCAACGGAACCAUCUUAUCCAGCUCAUCCGCCGGCGGGACCGGGUCCAUCGUGAUCGCUACGAUGAUCCCCUCCUCCUCGGGAGCUUCUUCACCCACGGUCGGGCGGGUGGCGACGGAGCGGAACAAUAUUAUGUACAAGUUGUGA